CAUUUGCGGAGAGCACGACAGCUAUGGCACUGUUUGGCUACCGGCGAAGCACCAAUGUGCGGCGCCAGUCGUAUCCACCAGUGGGUCCAUUGAAGUUUCCAUGGGCAUGUCUGGUGUUAUGUGUCGUUCUCUGGCUCUUGCUGCUGAUCAUCUUCAGUUUGAGUUCGCCGUGGGAGAGUGGCAUUUCCUUUGCUUCCGAUCACCUGGCAAGAAACGAUGACAAGAAUUAUCGCUUGCCUUCUCGCCAUGGUCGUGGUUGGAGUGUGCAGCAUGGACUGGUUACUACGAAUGAGGAGGAGGAUGAGGGAAAGGAGGAGAAAGAGGAGGAAAAUGUUGCCUGUGAUAGGAAUCUGUACCGGUCUAACGAGCUGCUUCGUGACAACCAAGUGACACUUCUUGUGAACGGUUUCAGCGAGACUCGGAUCCCUAUUCUGCGCGAGAACAUGCGAAAGUAUUCCCAAAGUGCAGUCGUGAGGGCUAUUUAUAUCCUCUGGGGAAACACCUCCACGCCGACCUUGUCAAUCUCUGAAGAAAUGUUCCCUAGCGAUGGUGCUCCUAUCCGUGUCAUCCGCCAACGGUCAACGAGCCUCAACGCCCGCUUUCUUCCCCGAACGUUCAUUGACACAGCUGUGGUUGUGAUCUGUGAUGAUGAUAUCACCAUCGAGGAGGCAGCCUUGGACCUCGCAUUGAAGAUCUGGCAAGAUAACCGAGAUAGCAUUGUUGGAUUCUUUCCGCGUUCCCAUGCUUAUGAUGUUGAGCUGCAGUCUUGGAAGUAUGUCAAGCAUCCCGAUCGGUACUCCAUCAUGCUGACCAAGCUUAUGCUGUUAUCGACGCAAUACCUGUUCGAUUACACUUGUUCCAGCCCCCGGGGAGUGAGAGAGUAUGUUGAAAAAAUGGUUAACUGCGAGGACAUAGCAAUGAACUUUCUUGUGUCCAGUGCCAGCAAGAAGGGGCCGGUGUUGGUCGCAGGCAGUCCACGAGAUUGGGGGGAUGCCCGCAACUCAGAGACAGAACUGAGCGAGGGAGCCCUGAGCUCUCGUGGCACGCACAAGGACAAUCGCGGCAAGUGUAUCACCGAGUUUUCUCGUCUGUGGGGUGGCAUGAAACUGCGGUACAGCUUUGCGAAGGCGAUUGCAGAAGUAGACGAGUCGUCGAUGUGUAGUAAAUUUGGAUACCUGAUCAACUGUGACACGGUGGCAAUGACAAAACUUGAAGCUCGGCGUGUGGUGGGUGAGCAUGUCGUUGUCAAGCGAGAGCGUUAUGCCUAUGCGACAUUGAUUGGUUCGGUGGAGCUGGUUCAUGCCGCACUUGUUCUCGCACAGUCCUUGCGGAGCACAGGAACCCCUCACCAUCUCGUGCUGAUGGUCGAUUCAAGUGGCGAUCUUCAGAUCAAGGGUCCGGGAAGGAGACGGCGGAAGUUGUCGAGAGAGGAGAAGAGGCAGAGGGAGUUACUGAAGCUCUUGCGUGCGCAUUACGACGAGGUGCGAGCCAUAAAGAGUGUCGAAAACCCGUACGAUGUUGAUGGCUUCAACAAGAUCAAUGCAUGGUUGUUGACAGAGUACGCAAAGGUGGUUUAUAUUGAUGUGGACACCCUGGUCUUGGACAACAUAGACGAGCUCUUCGGUCGACCAGAGCUAACAGCCGCACCAGAUGUCUAUUUCGGCACGCGCUUUAACAGUGGGUUGAUGGUUAUCGAACCAUCGAAUGCCACUUACCUGUCAUUGGUCACCUCAAUCCACAAGAUUCCCUCGUAUAACAGAGGUGAUCAGGGCUUUUUAAAUGGGUUUUUCGAUGGAUGGUUUGAGAUGUCCAUCAAGCACCGACUACCUUUCCGUUUCAACGCCGUGCUAUUCUUCCCAGAACAUUAUCACCCCCCGGGGUGGUACGACGUCAAUCAUGCAGCAGAGUACUUGCAUCUUGGUCGGGAACGGGCAGAAGGCGGCGGCAGAGGAGACGAGGGAGGAAAAGGAACGGUGGGCAGGGAGGGGGUAGGUGGUAGCGAAGCACCCAUCCGUGUCGUGCACUUUGCAAAUCCAUGGUUCAAACCUUGGAAACCGACAGUCAAUGUGACCGGAAAUGUGUGGUGUGCUGCAUGGCAUCAGGUGGCUGAGGCACUGGAGCAGAACUCCUGGCUUCCACUUGACCCUGACACCUUCUCCCCCGUGCUCUUCGUCCCUCACCCGCAACGGUACCCCAGUUAUCACCGCCUAAUGCUAUCAAGGAUCGACCCCAUGGUUACCCCUGUGUUUUCCUCUUCUCUCUCCUCCAAUUCCUCCUCUUCGUCUUCCUCCUUUUCAGCCUCUACUGACCAUUCCUUGAUGUCAGCAGCUGUGCCCAGGCAUGUGCCCGCCGAGCCACCCCCUCCUAUGUGGUUUACUCCCUCCAAGGAGUUGCUGGUUACCCUAGUGACAGAGAGAACGAUUACGGCGGCAGGAGUGUGGGCAGCAUCAUACAAACAGCACCACAGCUUCAGUACUUUCCGAAGGAUAAUGCUCAUCGUGCCGUCGACGUUGAGGCGAGAUAUUUGGCAGCCGUUGAUUCCAUUUUUCAAUUAUGUGAGGGUCGUCCCGCCACUAAAGGUUGAAACACAGGAUCGGAGUCAAACGCGUGCGCUUGACUUGAUUCAAAUGCAUGCAACAGGGAUGGCGAAAGAGCAGGACGAUGGGAGAAAAGCACAGGGCAGUCGGAAUGUGGGGAAAGCGGCAGCCAUAAGAGAGGGGGAAGGAGGUGCAAAUACGGAGGAGAUUGUAGCGACCGGCGAACGACUAGCGAACACUACGAUCGAACUUGGCGAGGAGUUCCUUAUUCUCCAUCUCUGGAAUCUUACAGAAUGGUGGAAGGUGGUAUAUGUGAACCCAUUGUCACUCUUUGUGGAUAAUGUGAAUUCCCUUUUCGACUAUCUUCCCUUCGCGGCAACGCCUUGCGUCUUCCCACCGGACCAGUUCUCGUCGCGGGUGAUGGUCAUUCAACCCUCUACUGACUUAUUUCAUGAUCUACUGCAGAAGGCAACUUAUUUGCCGAACUCUCGAGGACCCAAUGCUGAAGGAUUCCUGAAUGAGUACUUCUACGAUUGGUACCAUCGGUCACCAAAGCACCGCAUCUCGUUGUCGUUCAAUGUCAACAUGUGGUUCAAGGAAGGGAUGAUGAAGUUCUUCACACCGAUGAAAAUCCUGUCGUUCGACGCGGAAAUGACUCCUUGGGAUGGCACUGUGCAACAUCAGUCAUCAGAUCGACGGGCGGCGGUCAAGUUGUGGCAGCGCACGCUGUGCAGUCUGGAGCAAAAGGCCCGACCCCAAAUAAAGGCAGUGGAACACUUGUGUGCUAACCUGGAAUUGUUACAAGGAUUUCAGCUGGACCGUCGUUCUCGUUUGUGCAAUGCAGAGACGGCGAUGGCCAGACUGCUGCAAGUGAUAUCUGGCCAGUGUGUUACGGCAAUGCAUAAUGUUGAUGACCAGGGUGCUGCAAGAGAUAUCCGGCCAGUAUGCUAUGCCAAUGCAGAGAUGGUCAGCCUGCUGCAAGUGAUCCCUGGUCAGUCUGUCAUCGCCUAGAGAUUCUUCGACUGCUGCGAGUGCUAUCUGGCCAGUUUGUCAGCACAUCGUGGCGAUGGUGAUGGGCACUGAUGGCCCAACUGCGGCAAGUGAUAUGUGUUCCUGUCUGUCAUCGCAAUGCAGAGUUGGUCAGACUUCUGCAAGUGUUAUCCGGACUGGCGGCUGCUCUAAUCACAGUCUUGUAAACCUGAAGGAUUAUCUCAAAGGGCGUACUCACGCUAGGACUUUUUGACUUAUUUAUGGACAUGAUUGCGGUCAAAUACGCCCCCAUCUGGUCAUAAAUGCGGUCAGAUACGUAUAAGACAG